UCUCUAUCCCCCAGUUUUUGCCUCACAAUUACCCUCAUGCAUAGUCAUGGAGGCUCAUAAUAUAGCUGUAGCCUCCAUCGCCGCCCAAGUCCAUCGAUUCCACCAACGCCAACAACCCUUCCGCAUCUACCAUGGCUCGACCAACAGCACAAGGCAAUCACAGCAUAGCGCCGCCAACACCAUCAGCACCGCGCAUCUCACCAAUGUCUUGGACGUUAACACAGACAACAAGACGAUCCUGGUCGAACCCAAUGUUCCCAUGGACGAACUCGUCAAGGCCACACUAUCCCACGGACUCAUCCCACUCGUCGUGAUGGAAUUCCCCGGAAUCACUGCAGGCGGCGGCUUCUCCGGAACGUCAGGCGAAAGUAGCUCCUUUCGCCACGGAUUCUUCGAUUCAACCGUGAACCGAGUGGAGGUAAUCCUAGCCAAUGGCGACAUCCGCACAGCAUCGCAACAAGCCGCGGACGAAAAAGAACUCUUCUGGGCCGUGGCCUCAUCCUUCGGCACAUUAGGCGUAGUGACUAUGCUCGAGAUCCAAUGCCGAGAAGCAAAGCCUUACGUCGAGCUAACCUACCAUUCAACCUCCAGCAUGACCCAAGCCAUGCAGAUCUUCCGAGAAACCACAGCAUCCCCCAAAACUGAAUACCUAGACGGCAUUGUCUACGCGCCGGACCACAUCGUCGUCUGUGCCGGCCACCUCGCCGACGAAGCCCCCGCACAAUCCUACAUCCAGCGCUUCACCCGCGCCCACGACCCCUGGUUCUACAUCCACGCGCAGCGCAAAACCCGGAAGAUCCACCGUCCCAACGCCGAUCCUCCCGUUUCUGUCACUGAAUAUAUCCCAAUCCAAGAUUACCUGUUCCGCUACGACCGCGGUGCAUUCUGGACAGGCGCGUACGCCUUCCACUACUUCGUCACACCCUUCAAUCGCAUCACGCGCUACAUCCUAGAUACCUUCAUGCAUACGCGGGUGAUGUACCACGCGUUGCACGAGAGCGGGCUCUCACAACGACACAUCAUCCAAGACGUGGCGGUGCCCUACAAAGCGACGGGGGAAUUCCUGACCUGGUUGGACAACAAGGAGACCUUUGGCGCGUACCCGAUCUGGUUGUGUCCCUUGCACCAUUCGCAGGGUCUGAUGGCGCGGGUCGCCGAGGCCGGACCGCACCAGUCGCAGAAGGAGGUCGACCCUGAUGAUGAUAGCGAGUGCUUGAUGAAUUUCGGAUUGUGGGCACCGUCUCCUUUUGCGAAGGAUCCCACGGCAUUCGUGGCGCAGAAUCGUCGGUUGGAGGGCAAGGUACGGGAUUUGGGCGGCAAGAAAUGGCUCUAUGCUCAUGCAUACUACACGGAGGAGGAGUUUUGGUCCAUCUACGAUCGGAAACGGUACGAUGCACUGCGCGAGAAGUAUCGGGCGACGUAUUUGCCGGAUUUGUAUCAGAAAGUGCGGGUCAAUUUGAGUGCUAUAGAUCAUGGGUCGGAGGGAUGGGUGAGUUGGGCGAAGCGGAUGGUGUGGGAGACGUGGCCGGUCUGUGGCUUGUAUGGAGUAUAUAGGGCUUGGAGAGGCGGAGAGUACUACUUAAUCAAGAGUAAAAAAGACUAAUCGCUAGAACUCACCGUGUGCGGUCAGUUUUGCCGGCUUCGUCUAAGUUAUUUUUACAAAGAAUUCUAUUUCGUCGCUAGAGUCAAAUUGAAGACGGGAAAG